AUGACGAACUCAACACUUUGCCCGUCCGACAACACCGCAGUUGUCCAGCAGGAUAGUUUUUGGAGCAGCAGUGGCAUCAAUUGGGAUGCCCACCGCAUAGGGUGGAUCAUAGCGGGGUGCUGUGCCUGCGUGUCUGUUCUGCUCACCCUUUUCAAUGUAUUGCAACAUGCGCGGCAUUACACCAACCCCGCAGAACAAAGACAAAUCAUACGAGUACUGUACAUGCCAGCCGUUUACGCUUCGGUCACCCUCAGUGCAUUCCUCCUCUUGCUGAUCGAAUUUGUUGCCGCGACGGCAGCUGGGCACAAUGUUGACAAUGCCAUCGCUCGCAAGGACAAGAACAAACUGCCGUUCCCGUUCUGCUUCUGGAGAUACAGACCAACAAAGGUACUUCUGACCGCUGCCAUCUCCAUCGCCGGUAUCAUCUGCCAGGCGUAUGGCGUCCUCUGCGAGUCUGGGCCUUGGAGCUUCAAAACAGCCAACUCAUAUUUGAAGUCAUUGACGGUAAUCGCGCUUUAUGGGCUGAUCAUCUUCUAUGCACUUACCAAGGACGAGCUGAAAGGCCGACGACCGCUGGCGAAGUUCCUCUCCAUCAAGCUGAUCGUCAUGUUCACGUUCUACCAGGGUUGGUCGUACUUCGAUGCGUUGGAGGGUCGCGUUAUCCAUGCUACGGAGUACUGGACUGAGACGAACAUCGCCAACGGCUUGAAUGCCCUUGCGACUUGUAUUGAGAUGGUGUUCUUCUCAGCCUUCAUGAUCUGGGCGUUUUCGCAUCAGAGCAUAGGACGCCCGCUCUGGGACAGCAUCAACUACAUGGACUUCGCCAUCGAGAUUGCUGGUUCAGUCAAGUUCUUCAUCGACUACACACGGACGAAGAUGAACCUGGGCGAGGCGUUCGGCGUCGGCGGACCUCAGUACACGGCGUACGCUCCGAAAUAUCAGGCUUGCGCCAUACACAUACGUGAGCCCCAAUCCAAAUCUGCACCCGUCGGGCGAAGACACGGCCGGGGCGAACAUGAGCCCGGCGUCGAGCAGAGGGUCGUUGGAUGGGUACCAGGAGCCGAGACAAAUGGCCAGACGGCGAAGCAGUACCCGCCGCUGUGA